ACAGUUGAUUGUAACUUUUCGCUCGGUGUGCUCCAGCUCAAGCGAUUUCAAAUCAUGUUGAUAAAAACGAUAAUUUUAAUAUUACCGGUAUGUUUCACCGUCGCCUCGCCAGUGCCCGAUAAAAAAGACAACAAAUUAUCCGAUGCCAAGGUACUCUAUGAUCAACGACAAGAAGGAGAAUGGAACGUGCGCGCUCAUCUGGACAACUUCAUAAUAAUGAUUAUCCCCAGCCAGACAGUAUCACCAUCUACAUCAUCUCCAGGCCUUUUAGACUUUCUAACGAAAUCGUUCCCAAAAGCCAGCUACUUCAAGCGCUUCAAGCACGUCAAAAAACAAAAACCAGACCCACUACAAGAAGAAACCAUAUCUUUCAUCGAAUCCAAAACAGCUCCUUACCAUGUCGAUCUUUCGCAAUCCAGCACUGACGUUAUCAAAGCAAAGGACGACAUCGUACUAGCUAGCUCUCCUAGUCUGACAGUAGUCAAACCAGAAGCUACUAGAACCAAAAGAUCGGCUACGCAUUACGUGCUCGCUAUUCCUGCAGAGGAAGGCUACGUUUCUAGCAGGCACGUAGACCCAAAAUCGGCUAUUAGGAAGCACAAGAAAACCAUAAAAGAAAAAGGGAAAAGGAGAGAGGAAUUGAAAUUGUUGGGAGCUGAAAACGAGCAGUGCGGGCCUGGCAUGGUCAGGGAUUCGUAUGGAAUUUGCGUCGUUUUAACCUUUAUUUAAAUACUGAUUUUUAAUUUAUUUUUACCUCGGUGAUAUUUUAUUAUAUUAAUAAAUGUUUCUUUAAAUAAUGAUCCCAGUUCUUUUAUGCUGUGUUAGGAUAU